UGGUUUGGUGAUUUGGUAACAACAGCGUUCUUCGAUGAAAUGUUCCUGAAUGAGGCAAUGGCCCAGUACUGGGAGACGAACGGUAUUAUGUACGCAUUCCCGGAACAAGCUAAAAUGGGCAAGUUUGAACGUUUCCGCAAGGGAAUGGAUGGCUUUGCUGUGGAUUCAUCUCCAGACACUUCAAAACCUGUUAUUCCUAAGAAACCCAAAUAUUCAACUGGAAUUAUCUAUGAUAAGGGUGCUACACUACUUCAUAUGCUCAGCAAUACAGUGUCACCUGAAGUUCUACAACUUGGCUUGCAAAAGUACUUGAAAAAGUACAAAUAUUCCAAUGUUGUUGAUAGCGAUCUGUGGGGCGAAAUAACACAAGCUGCAGCAACGAAGAAUAAGAAAGACUGGGAUGGGAAACCGCUUAACGUACAGUUAUUAAUGGAUCCAUGGACAAAACAGGCCACAUAUCCCGUUCUGAAGGUAAGUUAUGAUGACGCAUCCAAACAGGUCACCUACUCACAGGAACCAUUCAUUGUCGAUGCUGUGUCAAAGCUGGGCCCAAGUCCUUACGACUAUAAAUGGAUUAUUCCAGUGUUCUCUCAAACUGCGGAAGGAAGCACCUUUAAUUACUUCACUGGUGCUGAUGGCGGCAAUCCGAGUGUUUGGAAACGUCCUCUGAAUGGCUGGCAAGUGGAGAAUGCUGGUUUCGCGGGAUUCUUCCGUGUUUGGUACGAUGACGCAACAUGGCAACCGAUACUGAACCAACUGCAAAGCGAUCGAGAAGUAUUUGAUGAGCUUACCAGAGCGGAAUUCAUCGCUGAUGCAGUCGCCCUAAGAGAACGAGGUUCACUCGAGUGGAAACGUGUACUGGACCUGGCGCUUCAGCUGGAAGGCGAAACUGAGCUAGCACCAUGGUAUGCUUUCUCGAAGACAUUCGACGAACUCAAUAGUAUUUCCCAGUCGAACGGCUUCAGCGAUGGGGAACGCGAGAAAUUCCAGGUCUUCUUCGCUCUUUUCCUCAUUUUAUUUUUCUACAAACUACCAAACGAUCGUCAUACAGGACGAAUAAAAAACCCGGAAUUAUUUCAGUUGUUCGCACGGAAGAUUCUCAAGAAUAUCUACGAGAAGAUCGCAUGGAAAAAUACAACCGACUGGAGCCAAGACAUGCUUGCAUCUUAUAUAACUGAAUGGGCAUGUGAUGCGAACUUACCACAAUGUCUCAACGACGCAGCAGAGAAGCUGAAUACAUUCGCAAGGGAUUGUGAACAUUCCAAGUCUGGUACAGGUAUCUGCAAUAGAGUAUCACCGAACGUAAGACGCACACAAUACUGUUGGGGCACAUUGAUGAAUGCAGAUGAGAACAAUGUUGUGGGAAAGAUGUACGAUUGGUUCGUAGAGAACUCGAAAUAUUUCGAACGCGAUGCGGAUAACCUAUUAGAAGGACAAUCGUGCACACAGAAUGCAGAUAAAUUCAAUGACCUUAUACAACGAACGUUGUCCGGUGAACUACCCGCAAAGACACUCGAAUAUCUUGGAAAACAUGACGGGACGGGUCAACGUCUUUGGGAAUACUUCAAAAAAAAUACCGAUGAGAUCAUUUUCGGUGUUCCAAGUGUUCUGGAAUAUAUGAAUGCUGCAAUGGCUAAAUGGAGCAGAAGCAUAGACAUAGAUCUGGUCAAUCAUUUCAUGGAGGACUCAAGUUUGUUAUCAGAGGACAAUAAGGAAGAAAUUUCUCAAGCCUUAUCAAAUCUUGAAAAGAGAAUAGACUAUAUUACUGCUAACAAGCAAUCCAUUGUUGACUGGCUCGGAUCAAACUUGCAUCGUUUUUUUGAAUAA